AUGGGUUUCCAGGUCGUAGCAGCACGCCUCGAAGAACAGGAACGCCGCAAGGAGAGGCACAGAAAGAUGGAGGCCGAAAGGGAGAAAAUGCGCCAAGGCAUCCGUGAUAAAUACAAGAUCCACAAGAAGGAAGAAGGAGGUGCAGCAAUGGAUUUCACUGAAGGUCGUAUCGGUGUGCCAAGAAAAACACCUGAAGAACUAGCUGCAGCAAUGAACGCUGAGGAUGACAGUAUUAUUGGACAACUUGGUCUGACUGAACAAGUGGAGAAGGCAAAAACGCUUGCCACAGGAGCUUUCGAGACAGUCAAGGGCUUCUUGCCUUUUGGAAAGUAA